UUUGCAGAUGAAUAAGACGAAUACAGAAUACGCGAGAUAUAUGAGCGCGAUGCUUUUAGUGUUAUCCUAUGGUUUACGAGAUCUAUCCAGCGACACCAAGCCAAGCAACAUCACAACCUACUAUUGUGUGACUUUGUUUAUGCUAAUCACAUUUUCGAUCUAUACGUUCAUCGCUUAUCCCAAGUCAUUUGCCGAAGCGCAGUUAAAACUGCGAAGAAGCUUUGAAUUUUUCCCGCGAGUCCAAAAAAUUGUAGCGGAAACAAAAAUAAAAAGCCACCAUCCUGGAGCGUAUGUUGACGUCAGCAACUUCUAUAACCUAACGUGGAAAAAACGGGGUGGCAUCACAACAACUCCAGAACUUAUUCUUGAGUUUCCUAGACAUUUACGACUUGAAAUAAAGAAGGAUCUGACAUGGCCCAUUUUCCAUCACAGUCCCACGUUGAGACGGGUUUCUUUACCUUUCAUUCACUGGCUCUGUGAUCUGACACACCUUGAAUUCAAAUUACCUAAAGAAGUUUUUUUUGCGAGCCCCCACUCCCGCUCUCACUUGUUUUAUCUCAAAUCUGGAAUAGUCCAAUUGAUGUCCGCAGAGGAUGGCACCACUUCUUUAUUAUCUGUGUCAGGCGGAACGUUAUUUGGAGACAUCAAUUUCUUUAUACCUCCUCCGGCCACAAAAACUGUAAUCGUCCGCUGCCUGACUCACUGCGAAAUAUAUUUCUUUACUCGGAAUGAUAUUUUAAAGGCUUUGACCAAAUUCCCGGAAGAUCGUAGAAAAAUUAUGGAGCGUAUAAAGAGUAAAAUACAGCAUGCUAGGACUCUUCAUACCUGCAAGCAGCAUGUGAGGGGUUUGGACAGAGCAGAAGAUGAAGGAGUCGCUUGGAUCAAAAAACGCUGGUGGGAAUUGCAUGAAGCGAUUACAAAAUGGAAAAACGCAACCAAAAAGUCAGAGACAAUAUUCGUGAUACCUCCCGAAGAGGCUGUUUAUCACUGUUCAAAAUAUAUUGGCCAACUAGUCUUAUGUCCUGAUGCACAAUUGCAAACGCAGUCUAUGUUUGCUAACUGCCAGUUUCCGUGGAUACUCGUGCCCGAUUCCAAUUUCAUAAGAAUUUGGAAUUUAAUUGUUCGUGUCACUGUCGUUCUUGUUUUAAUCCUGUAUCCACCGCAUUUGCCUUUAUCUAUUAAACCGGGGUAUUUUCGUCAUUUUCAAGGGUGGACGAAUAUUGUGUAUAUUGCUGAUGUUUGUUUGUGUUUGUUAACGGCCAUAGAGGAACAAGGCUACCUAUUAUCCAACUUUGCGUCAGUAAUGUUCAAGCGCUGCAAAAGUUUGACAUUCAUUCUUAAUGUUGUGGCAAGUCUUUGGUUGGAGGAUAUCGUAAUUAUUAUAGGGAAACCUGAACUAUACUCAAUCUCUCAGUUCAAUAGGUUGAUUAAAGUUUAUUUAGUAUUUUUCAUGGACGACACUAUUAAGGAUAUGAACAGAGACCCAAGCUUAAGUGUUUAUCCACCUAUGUUCCUUUACUUAUCCUAUCUUUAUAUAAGUGGUUAUUUUGUGCUCUCGCUUACAAAAAUUCAGCCGAAGUUACGUAUAACGUACUUUUUUUCAACAUCACUUUGUGGAAUAGAACCCGUAUGUGACCCAUCACCUUUUCAAAUGUUUGCCGCUUGUUUGACGUGGACCUUUCGGGAUUUGUAUGUUAAGUCGUGGCCUUUUACACUUGAAGAACUAGGUGUCAGAGUACUUAUCGAUUACCUGAGCUUGAUAAUAGCAACAUACUGCGCCGGUCGUUUGAUCGCUGUAAAUUAUUUAAAGAACAUAAACACUUCGAAUUACUUGUUCUUCGCAUUACACUUGAGGCAAAAAUUUAAACGCCAGAAUAUUCAUCCUGAGCUGUGGAAUCGCCUGGAAAAGUACGUGGAAUGUCACUGGAGGCACAACAGGAAUUUAGAGAUUAAUGAUACAAGCCUGCUUCGACAUGAACCUUAUGAUAUAUAUUGGAAGGCGCAUGGUGAGAUCGCUGCAAAAAUCAUCAUGAUGUGUAAGGCUUUUGUUGGGGCUAAUCCAUCUCUUAUCAAGGAACUCGCACAUAUAGCCAGGUUUACAAUUUUACCGAAAAACUCGACAAUAUUGUUAACUGGUGCGACAGUAAAGGACGUAUGCUGGCUUGUUAAUGUAAAUAUUUUUCUUUUUCUAUUCUACCUAUUUGAUGAAAUUUACUGUUUACUAAACAAUUCGGAACUAAGACUAACAUUAUCCCUUCAAACCAUCCAACUUUACGAUGGAGGGUCUCCACCUAUAAAGUAUAUUAUCAAAAGUAACAUGGGUGUGUUCAUUUUAUAUUUGGGACACUUGGCACUGAAAGUGUUUAUCUCCUCACAGGGAGUCAUAGUAAAAGAGUACCAAACGGAGACAGGAGUGGUAACAGAAACAAUCUACGGGCCGGACGAGAGGCUGGUUUCUUGCUCGGCCGUGUUUUUUGGGAAACCGUCUAUGGUCACAUGCACAUCUCUAACGGAAUGUGAGGUAUCUAAUGCAUAUAGAGUUUCACUGUAUCAUAUUUCUUUAUCUUGCGAGGAUAGGCCGAAGGCGCCGUAUUAUGAUGGGAGAGGUCUUCUAAUCUACUCUAAAUGGAAAUGCUUCUGCCACUACUCCACACGUGGUCUAUUUCUCGAUAUCAUUGCCCUAGUCCCCUGGUAUAUGUUGCCAGUGGUGUUACCCGGACAUAUCGCACAGGAUACGGCAUUGCUUAUCUAUGCUGUGAGCAAAUAUGCGCGUUUUCAUCUGUUUAUGGGCUAUUUUAAUUAUCUGGCUGAUACUCCUUUCGCGAAUGUGUCUGCACUGUUGUUAAUAAAAUGGCAAUGUUUCCCUAUAUUACUGAUGUUCACAAUUAGCCAUUACCUGAUAAUAGAAUGCGUCAAGCAUGAGUGGGAUGAUCAUUUUUCUUUGAUUAACAUAACGAAACGGGCUGGCUGUUGGCUACCGAAAUUUAUAGAAUUUGAUCAGGAUCCUUCACCGGAACAGGUGGACUUGCUGAUUGGACAGAGUUACAGCGUGGCCCAGUGUGCGUUCCUGCGCAUCUCUUACGGAUUAUUUAAUGUCGAAAAGACCGAUAUGCUUUUAGGCGUCGUGUUGUAUUCCCUCACUGUCGUUUAUUGGUGUGUUUUGUGCUACUCCCUGGCAAUAUUGAUGCUGAGCCGGCGGAGUAGCACCCUCUUCCAACACGCGUUCUGCUCUUUGCACAAGUUUCUCAACGCUGAGCGGCUGGACGAAAGUCUGAUCAAGAGGUCUUUGGGCCAUUUCAGCUAUUGGUGGAUAAGGUAUCUUCCAGGCUCAAUAUUUGGGCAGCUAGAAGGCACGGAGCACCGGCCUGUGCGGGUGUCGGCACUUACCACCACGUACACCGAUAUUCUGAGGAUACCUGUGGCUGCCUUCCAGGAAAAUAUUGACGAUAAGACUCGUUUCACCAUCCACCGGCACCCCACAGCAGCGAUGGACUAUAUGCAAGUGAAGGAUCCACCUAAAGAGAACCCAUACUUCUCGAUCAAGUACUUGCUCAGAGGCGGCAAGACCAUUCAACUACCCACUAUGGAAAUGAUCUUAUUUCAGUGGAUGAAUCAGCCUGUGAAAGCGCACCUAACCCGCAAAUACGCCUGGUGGCUGGCCCUGGUCUGGUUCGUAGGGCCCUACCUCUCUUCUGCCAUCGUCUUGAUCUUAAACACUUUGCCGUUGGAGACGAUACAUAUACUGAUUGUGGUGUUGAUUCUUCUUGAUAUUUUACACCUUGCGCAUUUUGUGUCGGAGUUUUAUACGAUGGAACUAGUUAUAAUAAACGACGAGUGUGUAUAUCGACACGUGAAACUCAGAAGAUUCAAGAAAGUGCAAACGUACAUCGACAUCAUUUCUCUUGUUCUGCCGAUGACGACUUUGUUUACCAACAACUGGGGCUAUCAGCUGGCAAGACUUCUUCGUCUUCGAUUCAUUUACAAUUUUUAUAAACAUUUCUGUCAGAAUUUUAAGGUAAAGUGCCUCCUAUUAAUCUACCUCCCACAUGCGUGA